UUGAGUUAAUAAGAGGUGAAAAUAAAAAAUAUUAAGAAUCGAAUAUAUUAUAGUGAAAAUAUGCCACCAAAGGUUAUUGCAUCCAAAUUAGGAAAUGAACCAAACAAGAAUGUUCUGAUAAUACCAAGUAGAAUAAUCAGUAGACCAGAUCAGCUAGAAGGUGGAGAAGAAACAGAAAUUGCAGCGCAAAUUUUGUUACCAGAGGAAGGUGGAUGGGGUUGGGUUGUGGUAAUAGCUUCCUUUUGCAGCAUUUUUAUAUUAGACGGAGUUACAUUUACAUUUGGAAGUAUAUUCAAAAACAUGAAAGAAGACCUUGGUGAAUCCGAAUCCCUUAUAGCGCUAAUAAAUUCGCUGUCGGUUGCAUUAUAUUUUCUAGCAAGUCCAAUAGCCUCCGCCUUCAUUAAUCGUUUUGGAUUCAGAUUAUGUGUAAUGUCUGGCUCUGUUAUUGCAUCGAGCUCUUUAUUUUGUUCAUACUUUGCUACAAAUUACGUGUCUCUAUGUGUAUUUUAUGGAGGAUUUGCUGGAUUUGGAUUUUCUCUUAUAAAUGUAUCGGCUUCAUUAAUAGUAAGUUUUUAUUUUGAAAAGCUUAGGUCAUUGGCAUUAUCACUUGCAUCCAGUGGAUCAAGUGUGGGUAUUAUGAUAAUGUUUCCAAUAAACAGUUAUUUAGUCAAAUUAGCUGGCUGGCGAGCUGUAACUUUAUUACAUACCGGUUUGUUUGGAGUAAUAUAUUUUUUGGGUAUGACCUUUAAACCUCUACUGUCAUUAACAGUAGUGAAGACUACAGAUGAUCCUACACGCACCGUUACUUAUCUACCAAAUCUAUCUACUGCAGGUGUUAAAUCUACGUCAGGUGUUGUUUCAACUGCUACUGAACGUUUAUUUAGUGCGGUUUCAAAUGUUAAUUUUCCAACGGCUGCUUCAGUAGUUCAUGAGGGUAUAUUAACAUCUUCUAAUCAACCAGGGCUUUCGACUGCAGCUCUAUCAAAAUUAACUUUGACAGCACACAGUCCACAGAGCGGCAUUAGUAAAAGACAAUUAAAGCAAGUGCAGUCAAUUAUGUCUAGAACAAGUGCUAAAGAACAAGAUAAAACAAAAAAUAAUAUAGAAGUUACUGUAAAUAUUGAACAACCCAAAAAACGGAGUUGGUGGACAAGAUUAUGUCACUGGGAAGAACACACACAGCAGGCUCGUCCUUUAUACCGUGAUGAUUUUUUCUAUGAAGGCAAAAUAGAAAAUCUUCCAGUAUAUCAGAAAAGUAUGAUAGAUACUACUGCUGAAGAUAAAACUGGUUUGGAAUAUCAGUUAGCUGUAUCACGAGCUGCAACUACUGCAGAUCUGCGUGAACGUAGGGGUGUGUUUACUACUGCUGCUCGAAGAGUAUUAGCAACAAUGUUGGACCCUAAGCUUUUGAAAAAAUGUUCCUUUUUAUUUUUAUGUAGUAGUGGUUGUCUUACAUAUAUGGGAUUAUUAGUACCCUAUGUGUUCAUACAAGACAGAAACACAAUAGCAGGUCUUGAUCCAGCACAUACACAAUUGUUCGUGAGUGCGAUUGGAUUAGCAAACUCUUUAGGAAGGCUCGUUAUGGGCACAUUAGCUUGUAAAAUUGACCCAGUAAAGUUGUAUAUGAUUUCGUGUUGUAUUUCCGGAGUGAGUACAAUAUUUUCAGACGUAUCCUAUAGUGUUUAUUAUCAAUACAGUUAUUGUUUUGUAUUUGGAUUCUUCAUUGCAAGUUUAGCAUCUUUAAGGAGUAUGGUCAUAGUAGCUCUUUAUGGUUUAGAAAAUUUAACAAAUGGUACGGGAAUGUUGUUAAUGUUUCAAGGUUGUGGAAGUUUAGUCAGUACACCAAUAGCAGGCGUUGUUAAAAAUAAUUUUGGGUAUUCUGUAGCAUUCUAUGUAGCCGGUAUUUUUAUGACUAUUAGUGGUUUUCUAAUAAUACCUCUUAGAAAAUUAUCAGUUAAAGAAAACGAAAUAGAUAAUGCAACUAGAAAAAACUGUUAUGAGUCAAAAUAA